AUGAGCACACAUGGUUCUUACAGCAUGAGAUCCAAAGCCUCCUUUGAAAAUGAAGCGAAGGCCACAGUGAAAGAAAGUGGGGGAGGAGGGGGUGGAGGGAAGAGUGGGAAGACAAUGUCCACCAACAGCAAGGAGAAUCUGUUCAUAUGUUUUCUGGUGACACUUUGGUACUCUUCAAAUAUUGGUGUGAUCCUUCUGAACAAGUACUUGCUUUCAAACUAUGGGUUCAAGUUCCCCAUCUUCCUCACAAUGUGCCACAUGUCAGCCUGUGCUGUUCUCAGCUAUGUCUCCAUUGUGUUCUUCAAGGUGGUGCCUCAGCAGAUGAUCAAAUCAAGGUCUCAGUUCAUGAAGAUUGCAACUUUGAGCCUUGUCUUCUGUGCCUCUGUGGUGGGUGGCAACAUCUCCCUCAGGUACCUCGCCGUGUCCUUCAACCAGGCGGUUGGGGCAACCACACCCUUUUUCACCGCUGUCUUUGCCUAUUUGGCCACCCUUAAGAGAGAGGCUUGGGUUACCUAUGCUGCCCUUGUUCCUGUUGUUGCUGGGGUUGUCAUUGCUAGUGGGGGUGAACCAGGGUUUCACUUAUUUGGAUUCGUUAUGUGCCUAAGUGCAACCGCUGCAAGAGCUUUCAAGUCUGUCCUUCAGGGCCUUUUACUUUCUUCAGAAGGGGAAAAGUUGAACUCCAUGAAUUUGCUCCUGUACAUGUCUCCAAUCGCAGUCCUAGUUUUGUUACCUGCAGCUCUUAUCAUGGAACCUAAUGUGGUAGAUGUCACACUGACGCUUGCAAAGGACCACAAGUCUAUGUGGCUUCUUCUUUUGCUUAACUCUAUCACAGCAUAUGCAGCAAACUUAACAAACUUCUUGGUGACUAAACAUACCAGUGCUCUCACACUCCAGGUGUUAGGCAAUGCAAAAGGCGCAGUGGCUGUUGUAAUCUCAAUACUGCUAUUCAGAAACCCUGUGACUGUAGUUGGCAUGGGGGGGUAUACAAUUACUGUGAUGGGAGUAGCUGCAUAUGGGGAAACAAAAAGGAGGUUUAGAUGA